AUGGAAACAACAAUCGAAGACAAGAAAAUUCUAGUAACAGAAAGCAUCAUCAGAGAAUCUCUUCAAAUUGAGGACAGACCUGAGUACCCCAUGGAGAUUGACGUUCAUCAAAUUGAGGAAAUUUUCGAGCAUAUGGGAUACGAAGGAACUUUUCCUCCUACAAUCAAAAAUCUGCUUCCUCCAUGCUGGAAGCUUUUGGCUCAUGUGUUCAUGAGUUGCAUUUCUGGCCGGAGAUCAGGAGCAAACGAGAUUUCUUUAGCCAACACUGGUGCCAUUGCUGCAUUAGCGGCAGGUUUUGAGUUUAAUUUCUCAAAAAUCAUAAUGAAUGAAAUGAUACUAAAUAUUGAAGGAAGCAAAAGAGACAAAUUUUGUAUGUAUCCAAGAUUUUUACAAAUCGUCCUUAACGUAACUCACCCCGAGUUGCAGAGAGGAAAUGAUACUCUGGAUUUCAAAUCCAUUGGUCACAGUGCCUUUGGAUUAAUGAAGCAAAAGAGAGGCGGAAAAUUCGUAUUUGAAGGAAAAUUUCCAUUAAUAAAAUUUGGAAUUUUUAAAGAGGAUGUCAGAGAAGAAUCAGCAGAUCAAUCCAUGCCGAUGGAAAAUGAACAUAUUUCUCUCUUCCCCUCCGAGUCUGAAGUGGAGGAGAUUCAUCACUCUCCCACAACUUAUGUAGCUGAUGAGCAUGAUAAUCAGAUAGCAAAUGAUCCAAAAUCUUCUCGAGAGGAUGAUGAAGAUGAUCUUUAUGAAGAUGUGGAAUUUUUGAAAGAAAUCGACUUUACAGGAAUCAAUGACGACAUCCCAACAAACAUAGAAUUUGAUUUUGGUGAUGAAGAUUUUGAUCAUUUUCUUAACAUUCCCAGCAGCCAUGUAAAUAAAGUCAAUGAAGGUGCUUCUUUAGCAACUAAGACUAGAGAUGAAGGAAAUGUUCUCAAAAUUCUGCUCCUGACCUCAAAGCCCUUGGAAAUCACAACAAGCCAAGAAGAUGUGACAUCAGAGAUUCCUCCCUCUGUGUCACCUGUCUCAACAUCAACUCCAGUCAUUUCUAUGUUAUCUGAACCUCAGACUUCUCAGACCUCCAUAAGAAUAAGCCAAUCUGUUGAAAGUCUGGAGGUACCCUCUGUAAAAUGUGCUCCUCAAGUUAUUUCAACAAUCACUGCAACCUCUGCUCACUCUCCUCCAAAGCAGACUGACAAAGGUCCAAGUACCAUGUUCGAUACUGGUGGAUCCUCUUCUAUUCCAGAAUAUUCUCCAACUCGACCUUCUCUAGAUGAAGCUUCUAUCAGAUUAGUAAAACAUCUGGCUCAAUCUAGUCGAACCUCUUCACGCGGGAAAGGAAUAUCAUUUAACGAGGGUCGGACAGAUGAUGACAAAUCCUCUUCAUCUGAUCUCCGAGAAGAAAUUGGAAUUCUCCAUCAAUAG